AUGGAAGCUGAAUCUGACAAGCCCGAGUUUCUCCAAACAGCAGUGACAAAUGGAGAGGUGCAAGUGAGGAAGAGUUCGGGGAAGAUAAGAGUACGCAAAGGUCAACCUGAAGAGGAGUUCCAGGAACAGAAGAGGCAGUUUUGGAAAACGGGGCCAAUCAUUAAUGAGCAAAAUUGGCUUGUUACGAGUACUUCCAGCAUUCUUGCAGAACAACAGAACCUCGAUGAUGGGGCAGACAAUGAUUUCCAGCUGGGUCAGCCAGAGACCGAAGAUCAGUCUCCUUUGCUGAAUAUGAACAAGAUCGAAAGAGACCGAGUGAUACAUGCGGUAGAAAGACUGUUUUAUCUACGAAAGUUUGAGGAAUGUCUUGAUUUGUGCAAUGUUCUCAUUGGGACGAGUGUUAUUUCGGGCAGAGAAGCCAAGGCGUAUGGGAAGAACCUUGAAAGUAUAGAAGAUUUGAGGGCUGCAUGUCUGCGAAACAGGGCAGAUUAA